AUGGAGGAGCUGUCUGUUUACCACAAAGCCAUCGGCAAGGAGGAAGGCGAGCGACGGCUGGGCCAGGACGCGGACGGCUGUUACCUCAUCCGCAACAGCGAGAGCAUGCCUGGGGUCUACUGUCUGUGCGUGCUGUGCAAGGGUUGUGUCUACACAUACAGACUGCGGCUGGAUGUGGACGGCUCAUGGACAGCUGAUACCGCUGAUGGUGUGGAAAAACGGCAUUUCCGGAAUAUCGCAAACUUGAUACUGGCCUUACAGAAACCUGACCAAGGGAUUGCGAUACCGCUGUAUUUCCCCAUCACCCCCGAUCGCUGGUCAUUGGCCCAGAAGAUCCGGUCUGAGGUCACCGAGAAGCGUGAAACGAUGGAAGUGCCGUCCGCCUACAGCGAGCCUGACCCCCCACCGGGCAAGAGAUACAGCAAGAUCAUGCUGCGCUAUAAGAUACAAUGUGUCAAGAAAAAAUAAAAGCCCACGGAGCAACACCAGUGGGUAGGGGAUACUCGCCGGGGAGCUUCUGUGUCGGUGGUUGGGGAAGGGGUUUAUUGUAAAUGUUAAAUGUUAAUAUUGUUAAUAGUGUGAUGGCUGGAUUUUAUUUCUUUACUUUGUUUGCGUUUGUCUUACAAAUAUCAACAAUAUCCUGGUGUUUCAUUUUGGAUUAAAGAAACAAAAUGUGCUUGUUG